AUGGCCAGCUGUGAAGCAGACUCCCAGAUCGAGGACUGUCCCCUGGAGGCGCUGGUGGCUGAUGAAGUCCCAGGACCAUCAGCCUUCCCAAACUCGGGGUCGGACUCGGAGAUGGAGGCGGCAACUGAGAUGCAGGGCCCCUGCCCUCAGGGCUGCAGGGCGAGCUCGCCCCAGAUCUCCAGCCAGAGGCGCAGACAAAGCACAGAGCCCAUGAAGAGCUGGGCUGUGGAGUGGCUUCUCGGGCUGAAGAUGAGGCUGAAGAAGCAGCAUGUGACACCUGUGCUGCAAGGGCACCUGGCCUCGGGGCUGCAGGGCGAGCUGGCUAUGGAGCCCAACCCAAAGGUGCUGUUAAACAAGCGCACAAGCCCCAUGGAGAGCUGGGCUGUGGAGUGGCUCAUCGGGUCGAAGAUGAGGCUGAAGAAGCAGCGUGUGUCCACGGUGCUGCCUGAGCACCACAAGGUCUUCAACAGGCUGCUCGAGGAUCCCGUGGUCAAGCGGUUCCUGGCCUGGGACAAGCAGCUGAGACUAUCUGACAAGUACCUGCUGGCCAUGGUCGUCGCCUACCUCAGCAGAGCCGGCCUCUUCUCCUGGCAGUACAGGCGCAUCCAUUUCUUUGUAGCUCUCUACCUCGCCAACGACAUGGAGGAGGACGACGAGGCCCCCAAGCAGGCCAUCUUCUCCUUCCUCUAUGGCAGGAACUACGCCCAGCGGCCCUUCUUCCACAAACUGCGCCUGCAGUUCAUGCGCUGCAUGGGCUGGAAGGCCAGGGUCACCCUGGAGGAGUGUGAGGAGAUCCAAGCCUAUGACCCAGAGCUCUGGGUGUGGGGGCGAGACCGGGCCCUCCUUUGCUAAGCGGCUGCACUGAGACCAGUGGGCACCGGCCAGAGGGCAGGUACGUGCAGGUCCUUGAGGUGGGCUGGCAGA